AGAGUUGCUUUGUGGGAUACCCUGGAAGACCGACUAAUCCUCCCUUCGGGGCCAUUAAUUCAAACAUUUACAACACGAAUGUUUACCGGGCUCCUGUGUGCCAUUCUCGGUUCUAGCCCUUGGAGAUACGGCCCCUGAAUUCAUGGAGCUCACAUUGAUGGGUUACCCCAGAAGGGAAGGUUAAGAUCAAUGGAGGAAAGACGUGACUUUUCUCUUUUUGUUAUUUUGCAUGAAUUGUGCCUAGAAUGUACUUUUAAAUGGGGAAGGUGCUCUGAAGAUUUGAGCUGAACGCCAUCUACUCGAGAUUUAACUAAUUGUUCUCUCCUCUCUUUGACUGUUGGACGCGCACCUUUUCCGGAUGAUGGGGGAGGUAACCAAGGUCCUGUGCUGUUACCUGAACUUGUGCUGCACUUUGGCGUAAAUUGCAAUCGAUUAGGGAUCGUUUCUCAGACUCAAGUUAGAAGUGAGAGUUCAGAUAAGUGAGGCCGCCAUUCUGCUUUGAACACCUCAGAAGGGGAGAAUGGAUUUAUCAGGAGUGAAAAAGAAGAGCUUGCUAGGAGUCAAAGAAAAUAAUAAAAAGUCCAGCACUAGGGCUCCUUCUCCUACCAAACGCAAAGACCGCUCUGAUGAGAAGUCCAAGGAUCGCUCUAAAGAUAAAGGGACCACCAAGGAGUCAAGCGAGAAGGAUCGGGGCAGGGAUAAAACUCGAAAGAGGCGCAGCGCUUCCAGUGGUAGCAGCAGCACCAGGUCUCGGUCCAGCUCUACCUCCAGCUCGGGCUCCAGCACUAGCACCGGCUCAAGCAGCGGCUCGAGCUCUUCGUCAGCAUCAAGCCGCUCGGGAAGUUCCAGUACAUCCCGCAGCUCCAGCUCCAGCAGCUCUUCCGGAUCUCCAAGUCCUUCUCGGCGCAGACAUGACAACAGGCGGCGUUCCCGCUCCAAAUCCAAACCACCCAAAAGAGAUGAAAAGGAAAGGAAAAGGCGGAGCCCUUCCCCUAAACCCACCAAAGUGCACAUUGGGAGACUCACCAGGAAUGUGACCAAGGAUCACAUCAUGGAGAUAUUUUCCACCUAUGGGAAAAUUAAAAUGAUUGACAUGCCUGUAGAAAGGAUGCACCCCCAUCUAUCUAAAGGCUAUGCAUAUGUGGAGUUUGAGAAUCCAGAUGAAGCUGAAAAGGCGCUGAAGCACAUGGAUGGAGGGCAAAUUGAUGGCCAGGAAAUCACUGCCACUGCUGUGCUGGCCCCCUGGCCUAGGCCACCCCCCAGGCGAUUCAGCCCUCCCAGGAGGAUGCUGCCACCACCUCCCAUGUGGCGCCGGUCACCCCCACGGAUGAGGAGAAGGUCCCGCUCCCCGCGGCGCAGGUCCCCCGUGCGUCGGCGAUCCCGCUCUCCCGGCCGCCGCCGCCAUAGGAGCCGCUCCAGUUCCAAUUCCUCCCGAUAAGCAAGCCACUGAAGCUCUGCCCCAUAACUUAUAUCCCAUCCAACUCAGUUCUGUCACUUCUCUAGCCGAAGGACAGUCGUCAGUAGGAAACAAAUCCUCACUCAGGGGCAGGCUUCCAAAGGCAGCAUUGAGACGUUUCCUCUGAAGGCCAAGUUUGGGUGCAGAAGUGGUGUUGGUUUGGGGUUAUGCCUAUGAAGAUGCUCUCCAGUUUCCUGGCUAGAAAGUUCCCAGGUUUCCAGUCCCUGAGAGUCAGUUCAGUAGCAGAGCCAGCAGGAACAGAGCAGGAUUCCAGGUAGCAGUGCUGCCCCAGCCUGCGAGCACAUUUUUCCAUUCCACAGGUGACCUAUGGCCAGUCUAGCAGCCUGAGGAUCCUUCAGGAAAGGGCAUGCUUUGGUACAGCUGCCGUUCCUAUUAACGUGGCCCUGCUUGAGUUCUGACCUCUGGGGUCAAAUAGCCCGUGUUAGUUGCUAUCAAUCGUUCUGUUUUACAUGUGCUCAUACACAUACACCCACACCCCACAUCUCUCUCUGAAAUUGGUGAGCAAGUUGAGAGCUAGCUCUGCAAGGUCAUCACAGGACCUCCCCCCCUUCAUGGUGGUCUUUGGGGUUACCUUGGCAAUGUGUACAUUGCUUUUUUGGCUUUUAUUGUACAGUCAGUACUAUGAAUUUUCUGUUUUGAGUUUUUUUGUAAUUGUAGCAUUUUAGAUAAUGUGUUUAUACUUUGUUGUGUAGAGUAAAAAGGUUGUGUUGAAUAAAUCUAGGGUUAGAAUGUG